AGAACCCAUCGUACAAAGAGAGAAUUAUAGAGUGAUAUGUCCUUCAUCAUAAGGCUCCUCCUCUGAUGACAUUUGAUUUGAUAUAAAUUCUCUCUAUACUGAAGAUAGAACUGCACUAUCAUUUUGAAAAAUUAAAGAAUAAGGAUAUAUGGAGGCAUUUUUCAUAAAAGCCAAGAGGUAUAGACCUUUUGCAGGUUCCAUGGGAGGAGCAUUCAAUCUCAUCUUCUCGUCGACGGUGACGGUGCUUCCGGAUCAAUUUACGGUACUAUGGAAGCGAUUCAGUUCAGAAGUAGUUGUGCCGGUGAUAAGGGUGGCAGUUGUUCUUUGCCUUAUCAUGUCAACGAUGUUGUUGAUAGAAAAACUUUCAAUGGGUUUGGUGAGCCUUUAUGUUAAGAUCUUUCGUCGAAAACCAGAAAAAAUCUAUAAGUGGAAGAAAAUAGAAGAGGAUGAAGAACAAGGAAGCUUGGCUUUUCCUAUGGUUCUUGUGCAAAUUCCUAUGUUCAAUGAGAAAGAGGUUUACAAACUAUCAAUCGGAGCUGUUUGCAAUCUCGUGUGGCCAUCGGAUCGAAUUAUAAUUCAAGUUCUUGAUGACUCAACUGAAUUAAUAACAAGGGAUUUGGUUCAAAAUGAAUGUGAGAAAUGGAGGAGAAAAGGAAUAAAUAUAGAUUACAUAUCAAGAGAUAAUAGAAAUGGAUAUAAAGCAGGAGCCAUGAAGGAAGCAAUGGAUCUUCCUUACGUGCAAAUCUGCGAAUAUGUCACGAUUUUCGAUGCAGAUUUUCAACCUGCGUCAGAUUUUCUAAUGAGAACAGUUCCCUUCCUCAUCCACAAUCCAGAAAUUGCUCUUGUUCAAGCUCGCUGGAAAUUUGUGAAUGCAGAUGAUUGCUUGAUGACAAGAAUACAAGAAAUGUCUUUAAAUUAUCAUUUCAAGGUAGAGCAGCAAUCAGGAUCAUCGACAGUGGCAUUCUUUGGUUUCAACGGAACUGCUGGAGUUUGGCGCAUAGCAGCUAUUAAUGAAGCAGCAGGUUGGAAGGAAAGAACAACAGUAGAAGAUAUGGAUCUAGCAGUGAGAGCCACCCUUGCUGGUUGGAAAUUUGUGUAUACUGGAAAUAUCAAGGUAAAAAGUGAACUACCAAGCACUUUUAAAGCUUAUCGUUUCCAACAACAUAGAUGGUCUUGUGGACCAGCAAAUUUGUUUAAGAAAAUGGCAUUGGAGAUCCUAUGGGCAAAGAAUGUGUCCCCACAGAAGAAAUUUUAUUUGAUCUACAACUUUUUUCUGGCACGAAGAAUCAUCUCCCACAUUGUCACCUUCUUAUUUUACUGCGUUGUGAUUCCUCUCUCUGUACUCUUUCCUGAAGUUCAAAUUCCUCGCUGGGGAGUAGUUUAUAUUCCCACUAUCAUAACUUUUCUCAAUGCUGUUGGAACUCCCGGCUCCAUUCAUCUAACAUUCUUUUGGAUUCUGUUCGAGAAUGUAAUGUCUUGGCAUCGAUGUAAAGCAGUUUUUAUCGGGCUCACGGAAGCAGAGAGGGCUAAUGAAUGGAUAGUUACAGAAAAAUUAGGGGAUAUGUUGAAGUCUAAACCAUUGGUUAGUGUUGUCAACAAAAUCAGAACCAGGUUCUGGGAUAGAUAUAAUUUCUGGGAGCUUGGAAUUGGAGUAUGCCUAUGGGGAUGUGCAUCAUAUGACUAUGCUUUCAGAACUGACCACUACUUCGUAUAUAUCUAUCCUCUCUCAAUUUCCUUUCUCAUAAUGGGAUUUGGCUAUGUGGGAGCUUUCAUCCCCAAGUGAAAAUCAGAGCUCAAAGCCAACUUUGAAUCAAAAAAAAAAAAAAAAAAAAAAAAAAUUCUUUGGGCUUCGGAAGAUAUUUUUCCAUUCUUUGGAUAUAAUUCAAGAUAAAAAUAAGCACAGAUAUGUUGCAUUAUGAAGAAUUGGAGUUCAGAAUGACAGAUUUAUAUGAAGACAUGGGAGAGGGAUGAAUGUAAUUUAAUUUGUUUGGAGUGUUUGUUUUCUGCCAGAUCAAAAAUCACUAUAAUAAGAAUAAUUGAUUUUAUGCCUUCACGUCUACGGGCUAAAACGGUUCUCUUCCACCCCUUUUUUUUUUAAUAUCUAAUGAAAUAAUAGUUCAUGAAAUUAUGAGCCACAGGUCAGUUUAGGGCAAUUGUAAUUAUUUAUAAAGUGGCAGCA